UGUCUUCCCACGCUGAGUCAGAGAGAGAGAGAGAGAGGAAGAGAGGGGUCUGUCGAGCUGCUGGACAUUUCAUGCGCUCGGGCAGCUGAAGAAGAGAAGACUGUGACGGCGGUGGCGACGGCCAGGGAGUAGGAGAAGAGGGGAGCUCUCCAAAACGCUAGUUGAGAAGCAUUUCCCUUUGCUCUUGAUUGAAGAAGGGACUCGAAGCGUGAGGUCUUAGUAUUUUUGCCCCUGCCUUCGAUCUCGGUGGUUUCGGUCAGUCGUUAGGGUUUCGGUCUCCUGGAUAGCUGCUUCGAUGGCGGAGGUCAUGGAUGCGCCCCCUGAAAACCUGGAUCGGAGGCGGGAGAAGCCACCGGAGCGGAAGGAAAAGACGGCGGAAGAAUCGACGAGGAAGAGGGAUAGGGACUCCAGAGAGAGGAGGGACGAGCGGGAUGAAAGGGUGUCUAAUCGGCGCGGUGAUUACUACGAGAGGAACAGGUCGCCUUCGGCCACCGGUGCUGGCUCAUCGAGAGACCGCGAGAGGGAGUACAGGCGGCGAAGCAGCCCCAGUCCUCCUCCAUAUGUACCUCGGGAUCGGCGGCCCUCUCCUUCUCGCCAUUCUCCUCCUUCUUUCAAAAGGACUCGGAGGGAUGACGGGUAUGAUCAUCGCCGAGGUAGCCCUAGAUUUGGUUAUGAUUAUAUGGCAGGAUAUGACAGAGGUGCAAUGGGAGGAAGACCUGGAUAUCAUGAUGAAAGGGCUCAUGGCCGGCGCUCUGGUGGUUAUCAAGAUUGGUCUGAUCCGCACCUAGGUGAUGGCACACAAAGGGAAGGCUUGAUGACGUAUAAGCAAUUCAUUCAAGAGCUUGAAGAUGAUAUACUGCCUGCUGAAGCAGAGAGGAGGUAUGCAGAAUACAGGUCAGAGUAUAUUGCAACUCAAAAGCGGUCAUUCUUUGAUGCUCACAAGGAUGAAGAAUGGCUGAGGGACAAGUAUCAUCCAACCAAUCUACUGACAGUCAUUGAAAGGAGAAAUGAAAAUGCAAGGGCUCUUGCGAAGGAGUUUCUGUUGGAUUUGCAGAGGGGAACUGUGGAUCUUGGCCCCGGAGUCACUGCUUUAUCAAGUAAACCUGGACCGGGAAGUGAACCAAAUUCAGAGGAUGAAGCAGAUGCCACUGGUAAAAGAAGGCGUCAUGGGAGAGGUCCUGCCAGAGAAAAUGAGCUUCUUUCAGCUGCACCAAAGGCUCACCCAGUUAGUGCUGAGCCAAGAAGGAUUCAUAUGGAUGUUGAACAAGCACAGGCACUUGUACGGAAGCUUGAUGCUGAAAAAGGCAUUGAAGAUAACGUUCUUAGUAGCGUGGAUCAAGACAAGCUGGAUGUUGAUAAAUCUCAUGGUGGAUCCAUGGGCCCUAUUGUAAUUAUACGUGGACUAUCAACCGUCAAAGGACUAGAAGGUGUUGAGCUACUAGAUACUCUUAUUACAUAUCUAUGGAGAAUCCAUGGUUUAGAUUACUAUGGUAUGACUGAAACUAGUGAGCCUAAGGGGCUGAGGCAUGUAAGAGCAGAGAAUAAGAGCUAUAAUGAAACAAAUGCACCAUCAGGAUCAGAAUGGGAAAAGAAGCUCGACACUUGCUGGCAGGGUAGAUUGGAGAGGCAGGAUCCACUUGAAAUAAUGACAGCGAAGGAUAAGAUUGAUGCUGCUGCUGUUGAGGCCUUGGAUCCUUUUGUUAGAAAAAUAAGAGAUGAGAAAUAUGGUUGGAAAUAUGGAUGUGGAGCCAAAGGCUGCACCAAACUCUUCCAUGCUGCAGAAUUUGUGCAUAAACAUCUAAAAUUAAAGCACCCUGAACUUGUAAUGGAACUGACCUCCAAAGUGCGGGAAGACCUCUAUUUUCAGAACUACAUGAAUGAUCCAGAUGCACCUGGUGGUACCCCUGUUCUUCAACAAUCUGGACUGAAAGAAAAAUUACAAAGACGGAAGCCUGGCACAGAUUUGAUGGGGCGCUUAAGGGAUGAUCGUGGGAGUCGGAGAGAAUAUGAUAGGGCUAAUGGAGGAGAAAGGUACGAUAGGGAUGAGAAUUCGCCAUCAAGGGAUGGGGAAAAUCCUGAUUCUCCAAGAUAUGAAUCUUAUGGUGGUCCUGGAAUGCGUGGUAUGCCUCUGCCUCCGCCCGUCCUGAUGCCUGUCCCUGGUGCUGGACCUCUUGGUCCUUUUGUUCCUGCCCCACCUGAGGUUGCAAUGAGGAUGUUUCGAGAUCAAGGUGGCCCAGGUUCUUAUGAGGGAAAUGGGGGUCCCCGAGGUAGGAAAGGGCGUUCAGGGCCUCCAGUUGUUGGUCCAGCUCCCAUGCUUACUGCCCCUCCUGGUCUGAGGCAGGACCCACGGCGCAUCCGAAGUUAUCAAGACCUUGACGCCCCAGAGGAUGAAGUCACUGUAAUCGACUACCGAAGUUUGUAGCUUCUUUUCAACAUUCAGCCUUCAUGUUAAUUUAAUCCAUAGUUGGAAGGUGCAGCUGUUUCUACUUCGUAGUGGAAGCUAUCAAGCUAAUCAUAUGGUGUUUGACGUGCGAUGUGCCUCUCCGAAGAGUUUUCCGCAUGUCUUGUAACAUAAUGGUUGUGACAGUAAUGCACUGGGAAUAAUUGAAUGGAAUCGCCUGGUUUUGGUUUC